AUGUCUAUCCGUGGCUAUAUCUGUCUUGCUGUCCUGUCGUCCUGUGGAAGACCGCCGGUCGCUGUCGCCCUUCAUCACGGCCGACACCUUGCUACCGCCGCGAACGUUCCUGCCGACAGUAAGGCAGUCAAGACAGCCGAGGAUACGAGUACUGCGAGUGGCGCGUUCCACACUGCUCGCGAUCUGCUAUCCCCUAUCAAGCAUGCCACUCGCUUGACGGAAGGGCGCGCGCUGCGUCAGGACGUUUGGUCCGUUUUCAAUGCCGUGAACCUCCCUUCAGAUUGCAUCAACCUUGGCCAGGGUUACAUGAACUUUCCGCCUCCGGAUUGGGCUCGCGAGGGUGCUCAGGAAGCACUAUGUUCCACGAUGGGAAAUCAAUAUGCGCAUCCCAAGGGGAUUCCUAGACUACGGAAGGCAAUGCAGAAUUUCUACGGGACUCAGUUCCACGAGAGAGAACUCGACAUGGAAACGGAGAUGAUGGUCACGAACGGCGCGACCGAAGGGCAGUACGCGGCCUUCACUGCGUUUGUGGAUCCCGGAGACGAAGUUAUCAUCAUGGAGCCGUUCUUUGACCAGUACCUCCAGUGCGUCGUCUUCAACGGCGGCGUACCGGUGUUCGUGCCCCUCCACCCUAACGCAGGCGAUCCCGGAAAGCGUUGCAAGCCCACAUGGACUCUAGACAUGGAUACAUUAAGUCGCGCCAUCACCCCGCGCACGAAGAUGAUCGUGCUGAACACCCCACACAAUCCUAUAGGCAAGGUAUUCACGCGCGAAGAACUUGAGGCUAUAGCUGAGCUCGCGGAUAAGCACAAUCUGCUCGUAAUAUCCGAUGAAGUUUACGAGCACCUCGUUUACGACAGGGAACACGUACGCUUCGCAACGCUGCCCGGCAUGUGGAAGCGGACCAUCACUGUGGGCUCAGCAGGCAAACUCUUCGCGGCCACCGGAUGGCGUGUGGGCUGGCUCAUCGGCCCGCCCGCGCUAAUAGCGCCCGCGUAUGCGGCGUCGCUCCGCCUCGUGUACUGUGCCAACACACCGAUGCAGGGAGCCGUCGCUGUCGGCCUCGAGCAGGCUGGGGAGCGCGGGUUCUUCGAGACGCAGACAAAUGAAUAUAAGGAGCGCAAGGCGAUAUUGACUGAUGCCUUUGAGAGGCUCUGUCUGAACUAUACGCAGCCUGAGGGGGCAUACUUCAUCACAGUUGAUGUUAGCAAUCUGCAAUGGCCCGCUGAUUACCCUUUCCCGCAGAACAUACGAGAUCGGCGCCGUGACUUCCAUGCCGCGUGGUUCAUGGCCAUGGAAGUGGGCGUGGCGCCAUUACCGCUCACAGAUUUCUACUGCGACGCGCAUGCCAGCAUCAACGAGAACUACAUUCGCUUCUCGUAUGCGAAAGACCUCAAUACAUUGCGGUCCGCGGCCGAACGCUUACAGUCUUUAAAAAGGUACCUGAAGUGA